GCCGACCUCGCGAUUCCGCUCGCCCCUAUCUUAUGUUUGAUUUUUCCUUCCCAACGCCUGCUAGCGCUGGGACCCGAAUGGGGCUGGCCAGCUCCGAGCUGCGUUUCUCCAGGGCAGACGCCAGCGCAGUCACUGAUGUCCCUUUUCAAAGGAUGCACGCUCCCCACCGGGCGCCGGAGGUGUUUUGCAGCCGCUCUGCCAGAGGCGCGGGUAGGGGGCACCCUACACCCAUCCCCAGAGUCCGCUGGGCACAGGCUGGGAAUCAGCCUCGCUGCUGUGCCCAGCUCCUCUCGGGCUGCGGGGGCUCUGGGACACAGAUUCCUGCGGGAUGGGUCCGGGGCGCAGCUGUGGGAGACCAAUUUAUUCCGCUGCUGGGGAAGGAUGAUGGAGAAGAGGAGGGGACAGUGCUUUCCUACAGGUUUACGGUGCAUAUCUCCAACAUCACAGGCAUUGUAGGUACAACAGUGAGCAAAACAAAACUAGCUCUUGUCCUCAUGGAACUUACUGUCUAGAAGGGAAGGCAGACACUAAGCUUCUAAUUGCCUGCAAUUGUGGUGUGAUUUGGCAUCAUGCACUUUGCCCAUCUUAUGGAGAAGACUGAGGCCUGUGGUUGGAAAGGGUGAGGGAGCAGCCUGCUAUCUUCAGAGAAUACAAUUUCAGCCCCAGGUUCUUCCUGUACCUCUGAUAUGGAGCUACCCUUCCUGGAUCGAAGCCGUCUGCCAAGUCAAUGGGCCUGAUGAUCAUCUGACUCUCCAAAUGCCAGAUUUUCCUCCUCCUUGCCUCAGGGAAGUGAAGGGCAGCCGAUAGCCCACCUGAGGAAUAAAAUAUGACUCCAA